AUGAUACCCGUGUCGCCUGUGAAUGAACUGGCGCGUACGUCGACAUUUGUGGAACAAGAGUGGAACAACAUUGUGUCAAAGCUGCCCAUUAUCGCCGAGGAAGGUAGCAACAUAACGUGGCUGUCAUUGUUGCUCGUCAAUGGUGCUACAGUGAAUCCGAUGGAGUCACUGCGCAGGCUACCGAAUUCCAGCAUGGAUGAUGGCUUAACGUUGUCAUGGGCAUUGUACAACGCGGCUACUCGCUGCCGGGACUUCGUGGAAGUCAAUGUCAGCAUAGACAUCCAGCUCACCAUCGAUGUCUCCGUCGACGUGUAUCUCUCGCUGUCCAACUAG